AUGUCUAACUGGAGGGAGCUUGGAGUGAUACCAGAUUCCGAAGAUGAAGGUGAUUACUUUCUCGAUGAUGAAUUACCUCUAUCACCCACGCAGACGCCAGUCAUAACCUCCGUUUCCAAAGCCCAAUACGCAGAAAGUAUUUGGGAUGUCCCUGAAUCUGACGAUGAUGGCCAAGCCGACACCCCCAUUCCGGAGGCCCUUCCAUUAUCGCCGAGGCCAAGUUUACGAGAAAAGCCUGAGCCUGAGACUACCACCAUCCCGUUUACCUUAGCCGAAGAUAUCUCUCAGAACCAGGUACAACCAUUCCCUCUGAACAAUCCACAGACAAGCUCUCCCUUUCUCGUACCUACAUUUAACGAGGUAGCUUCUCGCAGCAGCCAGAACACCGAGGACAUCAGUAGCUCUGGAGUCGCAGAUGCAACUUCCUCGGGGAAUAACGACUUGGCCUCAACGCUUUCGACUUCCCAUAAAAGACCGGCGAUAUCUGGAGGUGAUGAUGUUCACCACUAUGCUACGAACUGGGAAGGGGCAGUGGCCACGGCCGGACACAGACGAUCCUUGCGGCCUCGAACACUGAUCCAAGAACAUCCAUACGCUAUUGACCUUGCGCGUCAUAGCAAUGAUUUUAGGCAGCACGGACUUAUACCUGUGAAGAUGGUAGUUGGUACGGAAAAGGGCCUGCUACCAAGAGCAUCACAGGAUGGAGAUUUUAACCUGGAUAGCCAAAAUGAUGAUCUGCCGCCAGCAUCCAACAACACAGAGGCUAGCAGGUUCACUGCCUCCCUGCGAGAGCGUCAUACGCCAGAUAUUAAUCCACUUUGGUCGAAGGCUCCCCAACGUAAUGGCCAAGCUGCGAGCAACAGUUCAGCUAGCUCGCCGACGAAUGCAGUCGAUGAUGAUGCCUUCGACCAAGACUUACCAGACUUGAGUCAGCUCCUGAAACGGAAUUUGCAGACCGGGAGGACGAACAAGAGGAUGCGACAAGCGUCUCAAAUCCAACCCUUGGCCCAGAGAAUCAAGAGGCGAGGCAUUAUCUAUAGUGAUUCGCCGGAACCCAACUUUGUCGUUGGUCGAAUAUCAAGGUCUCCCAGCCCUUCUAUAAAAUGGCCAGAUUCAAAUGCUCAGCAGAUUGCGCCUGAUGAAGUCAUUGAUCAGCAAAACUAUUCUCCAGCAUCGUCCCCUGAACUUCCAGAUCCUGUUUCUGUGAUCUCAGUAUCGUCUCAGGAGCUCGGCAGUCAAAAUGGAUAUGGCCAACAAAGGAAACGAGAAACGUCAGAGACUACGAGUGAAGCAGGGGGUGAUGUACACCAAACGGUCACUGAAUUCAGGCGUCGUAUUCGGGGUGUCCUUCCUGCUUCCUGGCUUCGACUAGAUCAGCAAACGAGUGAAAAGAGUUCUCACCACGUUGUCAAGAAGAAACUACAGCAUCGGUUUCCCAAUCAACAACAGCGGGGAAUAGCUAUUACCAAGAAAGUAGCUCCUGAUUCCACUGCUUUGAACGAUGUUCCGAUGGAACUUGGUGAAAAGAGUCCAGUCCGGUAUACGGCAGAUGAUUUAUCUGAGCAUCAAUCUAGGAUAUCAUUCUCGCAUCCUCUAGAGCACGGGAAUGAUGAAGCUGACGAGCACUCGGCUCUGGAAGAAGACCGUAUAGCCCCCAUGGUCAUUGGCAGCAAGCGUCAGCUCCAACUUCCCAGGAAUUCAAAAAGAAACAGGAAACGAGCCAAGGUGUCAAGCGGAUCCCGGAGUCAAUUUACGCGGUCUCGUCCAAGACAGCAGACUAUUACCGGAUUUUUUCAUUCUGAAAAGGACGAAUUAACUAGAUCAUUAACCGUCGAUCAUUUCUCAGAUGACUCUUUGUCGUCGGACAAUAACUAUGGGAACUCAACCAGCAAGCCAAGACCAUCUUUCACAUCCCCUCUCCUUGGUAUCCUUGAUACGAUAGAGCCGGAUGCUCCUAGAUUCAUACGCAUUGCUGCACGCUCUGCUAAACAAACCUUGAAUCUAGGACGUAGUAGCGUACAGCAAAAAACAAUCAGAUUGGCUACUAGGCAAGACCAGAUAGAUGCUAUGUCGGUUAUGGAGAAGUGGAAGUCAGGGUUGAUUGCACAGCGGCCUUCAGUAUCGGCAGCAAGCAAGUCCAACCGAAGACGACGUCAGAGGACAAAUACAGAUCAACACCUUUCAAAGGGGAAGUCAGCUUCCAGGAUCACAUUCGGUACAUUCAGAAGCAUUUCCCGCAAAUUUGUCAAGUAUCACGGUGAUAGUGGCACUAUUGGCUACCGACGAAACCAAUCGCAUAACAACACCAACAAAACCUCCACAUCUACAUUAGGCGACAACGCCAAUCGGCCUUCGCCUGCCUCAAGGGAAGCUCAGCUAGAAGCCGAUGAGAGAACUGGGGGAGGCAUCGUUUCGUUUCGAUCAAGGAAGAGGGCUCUAGAUCGUAUUUUCAACAAGCAAACGCAAAAAAAAUUUGCCUGGCAGCUGGCCGAAGCUAAUAACACCUUGGCCCCUACAUAUGGUGCCGCGGAAUGUAGCAUCACAGAAUACACGCCGCCGCGUAUAUUCCAGGAACAAGAGCAAAAGGCAAGGCGAAUAAGGCCUCGAAAGAGCACCAGGCCUCGUCGAAUCGAUGUCACAGUACCUCAAUAUACCCAUGCUACAGAUCCCCUUCCAGUGGAUGCUCCUAUUUUAAUCAAUGAUGUUCCUUCUGAAAAGAGCAAGCUCUAUGGCUUAGGCCCCUAUGGUACCCGAUACACCCAUCAUUUCGAGAUAUUUCCUCUCAUUCCUGAAGUCCAGCUUCACAAAUCAACAAUACUUGGCAGUGGCACUCUAAAGGCCUUCCUGAUCGAAGACUCACGUAUGGGAUUAUCCAACCUUGACAGACAAAUCUCGGUCAGACUCAAUAAUCAAAUUUUUAUUUGGAGCUCCUGGAAUCCUAAAGUAUCAUCUGAGAUUGGAAUUCUAUUUGACUUAAUCGCUGAGCAACUGGAAGAUGGUCAGGAGGGGGGCCUCUGCGACGGCCUUCACGUUAUUGAUGCUGUCCAUUCUGCUUUGGAAUACGUAAGAGAUAUCCUCGAUCCAGUGACAUUGGAAUCUCAAAUUCCCCCUCUUAUACCGCGACUACAAGAAGUUUUCCAGGGCUUCAUCAAUCGAGUCAUCAUCAGGCUCGGGCAGGCUUCAUUUAACCAUGCCGCGAAUCGUCAACUUCUUCUGAAAAUACUGGAUAGAGUAUUUCUGAUGUCCUCCAUGAUGGUAAAGCAUUGUCAAACCACAGCACAGCUCAUGGAUGAGCUUCCUACUGCAGAACAGACGAUGUUAUUAUCGGCAAAGUUGAUGAUUUCGGUCCUUCUCCGCUGCGGUAUCAAUCAAAUCAAGCAAAUUUAUAAAGAAUUCAGUCAACUCCAUUGCAGUGGCCGCAUGUUAGGGGAAAGUGCCGUCGAAAUGCAUUCAUGGACUAUGCUGAUCAAAUCCUUUGAGCAUGUAGGCUCACGACAAGUUUCUUUCUGGAAUGUAUUAGAAACGGUUGUCUUAAAGCCAGAAGUUCUCUCCAGCACAGACGCUCGUGAAUUUGAAAAUGUCUGGGAGAUAAUAUUCACCCUCCUCCCGCUCUUCGAGUUUGACGACACUGGGAAAGUAGUGGCUGAGAAACAACACAAGACGGGAAACGAGGGGUGGUCAAUGCCUCAGAAGCUUAUCCGUCGCGUCUUCCAGCUGUACCAGGAGAAUGAUCAGCAGGCCGCGAGCUUCAAUAGCUACUGCCGGGCUCUUAUUUCGCGAUGCCACUAUCUUGUUCAACAAUGGGGUUGGCUUCGUAGCACGUCGGUAAUUGGUGUUAUCUUUGACUUCUUUGGUUCAAGGAGGCUUGCGCAUCUCAGGAAUGAAGAAGUCUAUAGGUCACCGCAAUUCCUGGAGAAUCUAGCCGAUGGACCAGUUCUUGAGGUUGAGGAGGACGACUACUGCUUUCAUAUAUUUCUGAAACUGCUUGCCAUAAGCAUUAAAAAGCUUGAAAAAUUUGGCUCGGAGAAGGACAUACGCAAUCUGAUAACUCGAACAAUACCAAAUCAUAGUCGAUUAUAUCUCAAGGAACAUAGCAUUCAUGAGCGGGACUUGGCUGCUUUGAGAAAUCACCAUGAUCUCAUUGCUACUCUGUUCUGGGCGGCACCACCCGAUACCAGGCCUUCAGUGGUUCUCAUUGAAGGACUUAUUACUCCUGCUAGUUCUCAUAAAGAGGCAUGCUUAAUCAACAUUAGAUCAUGGGCUCAACUUUCGCGAUUUAUCGUUUCUUCUGGUGAGACAAAGGCGUCAUUUAGCCCUUUCAACAAAUGGAGAAAUACUUUCUUCCAGCAGAUGUUGGUGCAAUUCGGUGAUAUUGAAAAUGAUAUCAAUCAACAGUAUCUAACCUUAUCCAAGGAUAAGAGUACUUUUGUCACUCAGAAUGCUGUUGAGACCGCAAUAUCCAAGAACAAGGCAGCUGUGAUGGACGUUCUUCAUCUAUCAUUGACAGCAUCAUUGGAUGUGUUAAGAUACGCUCCAGAUUUAGAGGCGGCAACAUACUGCUUAAACACUCUUCAUCUACAGCAGCUUUUCAAAUACUUCACGGCGCCGUCCCCCGAAUUAGACUGGUCUAUACUGCGUGUAGCCUUGACUAUUUUAGACGUAUUUUUAUCCGCUGUCGAAAAGUUCAAAGAGAGCCAGCAGAGUCUGCAGAGUGAAAGCCAAAUUUUAGACUCUGCCCAAGGAGACGAUGCUUUCUUGAUUCUAGAGCAAGACAUUUCUUGCACUUAUUUCUCAAUGGCUAAAUGCGUCUUAUCACUUCCGACAAAAACGAUCAGCCUCACGAGGGCAGCUACAGCUGAUAUGGCUUGGUGUAUCAGACAGAUUAUCGUAUUAUCGGCAAGAAUGGGCAUAGGCUUCAUUAAUGGCGGCUUUUUGACAAUAUCCGACCUGUUCAAGCUUGGCAAAUGGUGCCUGUUCCCGGACCAAUUACACACAAUGGAUCCCCCACAUAGGCAGCAUUUUACGAUGUUCAUAUCAUCGCUCUUGGAGCACAGAUUCGAUGAUUUUUCUGGCGUUGACUUCAACAUAUUUGAGGUAUGGACUCUAUCAUUGGUCACGCCCCUCAAAUAUUUGAAGUGCGAAGGUCUCUUCGGCAUACAACACCAUUGCUAUGCUGAAGGCUUCGCUCCUCCCAAGAUGGCCGACUCGAGAGCUCAACCGAGUUACAAAUCAAAUCUACUCUUAUUUGAGUUUGCCGUUGCAUCGAUGCGCAAAAACAUUCGCCGCGCAGAUUCCAGACUUAGGCGCGCUCUUGAUCUAGAAUACUCCAAAACACUCAAGCAUGUGAUGAAACAGAUGCGCAAUGACUUGAGCUUGGUGUACGGAGACACUUCACAACAUCAGCGGUUUGUUACCUUCGUCCAGCACAUUGUAUCAUCGAUCAAGGCGCACGGGUCAGAUAUUUGCACGAUUGACAACUUCUUUCUCCAGGUCAGCGCGGUAUACUCUCCGCCUAUUCAAGACGUCCAACUUCAGAUUGCAGGUAUGCUCUCGUAUGGCAUUCGCAUAGAAGAAGGGGAUUCUAGGGCAACUCACGAAUUGUUUUUUCUCAUGUUCAACAAUUUCAAACACGCCCUAGUAAAUGGAAAUCUUACCCGUGAUGUCCGUAUGCUUCGGAGAGGCAUGAAACAUCAGAGCAUACUGGCUUUUGUGCUGGGAAAGAUGCUGCCCGCCAUCCUCAGAGUCUCAUUCAUGGAUAGCUCAUCCUUUGCCCUGCUGGAUGUAUAUGCCGAAGCGUUACACUUACUACUAAGUGGGCGUAUAUUGUCACGGCAACUUGAUAACAACGAUCUCCCCCAUGUGGUCGUUACCAUGCGAGCUAUUGUGGAAGGCAUGAGAGUCAUGCGCCGCGGUAAUAGGAUUUUAUCCAGUCCGCAGGUGCACGUAUUAAGACGAGCGUUGGCCAUCUUAAACGUAUUGUGGUCAUCGCUGUUGAUUAUCAGGGCAGAGAGCCCUGGAGAUAGAUGCCUUCUUGAAUUAGCCGCCACAAUUCGCGACAUUGCUUCAUUUGCAACAGUCGCACAAGGAUACCUCACUGAUGUCAUAGAGAUGAGAAGCGGCUCAUUGGAUGCUGACCUUUUGUUCCAAGGCUUUGAUAUCGAUCAGCCUCUAAGUUUUGACAUGCAUGUCAAUAGUUUUACAAGUAGCAUUCAUGAUGAUAUCGCCAGGAACUGGAUUUUUAGUCCGUCGAGAAUAUCUAUACGAAUGCCUACCAAAACCAAAGACCAUAACCAAGAGAGUUCAGGCUUAGUUAUCCCAACUUGGGUGGCUGAGGAAUUGGUAUAUGAUUUAUAUAACCAAGUUCAGAAUUGGUAUUGGUAUUGGCUAGAGUUUAAUUAG